AUGUGGAUCCCAGUGUAUAUACGAGGGGGCCAAUACAACUACGGACUGGCGUCCCCAUCGGCCAGCUCCGGCGGCGGUAGUGGCGGACCUGGAGGCGUGGCAUACGACGACGCCUCGUCUCGCGGCGCCCAGGACGCCGCCGACUUGUGGGCCACCACCACCACCACCACCAGCAGCAACACCAGCAGCAGCGCACAGCAGCAGAAUUCUGCUGUCGAAGACGGCUUGUCUGCUGGUGGCACCACCAGCAACAGCAGCACCACCACCAACACCCCCAAUAACAAUAGCACCACCACCCCCAGCACCACUGCCACCACCAACAAUGGCGAGCAGUCUGGACCAGGAGGUGGGCCCCUGGCACCUACGGCCUUUUCUGAAUCUGGGCCAGGUACCCCGGGGUCUCUGCAGCUAUCGGCGCCUGUGUCUGUGGUGUCUGCGUCGCCGCCGCUGCCCCACUCGCACCAGCAUCACCAACACCACCACCACCACCACCAACAGCACCACCAGCAGCACCAUCAGCAUCAUCAGCACCUUGGCCACAACCACAAUGCCCAUCAUUUACAGCAGCAGCAGCACCAUAACCAGCAGCACCCCCACCAGCACCAGCACCACCAUACGCACCAACAGCCUCAGCACUACUUUCAUCAGAUUCCCGUCAAGUUGGAGAACGCGAGCAUCACAGAGCUGGGCUCUUCCGGAGGCGGCGGCGGGAAUGCGAUGAAUGGCCCGCAGCAGGUCGGGCCCAGGCCAGUGGACCUGUCCCACCAGCAUCAGCGAGCAGCGUCUGCCGGGGACUCUGUGGCUGGGAUCGGAGACCCGCAGCAGCAGCAGCAGGGUGCAAACACGGCUGCUGCAGUCGUGCAGGACUUGCAGCGUCGCCAACAGGACGUGUACCGGCCCAAUGGACUCGGCCUGUCCUCAGACCACGGCAGGCAGGCAGGCAUCAGGGAUCCCUCGCAUGCACUCAACCCUCCUCUCCACACUCAACUCCACAUAUACAUGCCGUGCAGCUGUUGGGGUCUCGCGCGGGCCGCGGGCGCGUGGGAAAAUAUCGGAAGUCCGCAGGUGUCGGCUGAUAAUGCAUGGGUCGUCGUCGUCGUCGUCGUUCGUUCUGCUCGUUCGUACACUGCUUCCUUCCUUCGUCGGUCGGUCGUUCGUUCCUUCGUUGUCGGCACAGGAUGA